GAAUCGCCCGGACGGUAAACCCAAGCCCACACAACAUAACAGAGCCGCGGGUGUGGUUGAAAUGUCAGAAAGUGUCCAUGCAAAUAUGCAAUUUUACUCACACUUUUUCCUUUACCUCAAAUGUGAUGUGGUGAAGUGUGAAUCAGAGUUCAUGAGGAAGGAUUAGGACAGAACCACCACGGCCCUCAGAUAGUCCUCUUUCUGCACCUUUGUUAGGUGGAUGUUACUGUGGCGUGGGGGUCUUGUCUUGGUAACUGUGCAGGACCCUUGAUGAGGCAAGAAGGGACUGAAGCUUUUAACCAGUGGGAAGGAAAGUAGACAACUUUAAGAUUUGUUGCACUUUUGUUACAUUCACCUUUUGUUGCAGGCUGUUUUAAUCCACACACAGACAUGCACCUGCACUGAUGUUCACCUUGAAGGACAGACAUGAUAGUCUGAAUGCUUGAUUCUUAGUUUAAACUAAUAAUAGGGAAGUGUCACUGAGGCCCAUUUCAGUUAAUCCUGACUUGAGGGGAAACUCUGGGUUUUCCGUUACAGAAAGGGAGGUAAGUCAAACCCGAGGAAGAGGAGGGGUAACUCAAGCCUGGUCCAGGGUCCAGAGAGAGAGCUUACUUCAGCUCUGAGUCUUUGAAUGUUUCUUCAAUGAACCCCUAGUUAUCCUGUCUUCUCCCGUUUACACAGCCAGAACACGGUUUCAUCUCCUCGUUCUUUAGUCCAGCUGCCUUUGAGGCAAAAAUAGCCUCCACAAAAACGUUUCUUCGACCAUGGCGUGUCCUUUUCUGGACGACCCCAUCGACGAAGGAGCUGCGUUGCUCCGCAGGGAGUUACGUUUACGCCGGGAGAGGAUUUUGAGGCCCCGACUGGAUGUUUUAUCGUUUCCAGAUAACGACCUGUUUGAGCGUUACCGUUUUUCAUCGAACUCUAUUUCGUAUCUCCAUAAUCUUCUCAAGCCUCGCAUCGCCAACGUCACCCGCCGUGGACGUGCGCUGACAUCCGAGCAGAUUCUCUGUGUCGCCCUGCGUUUCUUUGCAAACGGGAGUUUUCUCUACAACAUCGGCGACGCUGAGCACAUCAGUAAAGCCACGGUAAGCAGAUCCGUGAGGAAGGUUUGCCUCGCUCUGAAAAGCCUUUUGAACAGUUUUGUAGCGUUUCCUGGGCACAAACCCGUGAAAGCUAUCAAAGAGGAGUUCCUCAGUAUUGCAGGAUUUCCCAACGUGAUUGGCUGCAUCGAUGCCACGCACAUUCCCAUCACUGCUCCUUCAGAAAAUGAAGCGGAUUAUCUGAACGGGAAGUCCAGCCACAGCAUUAAUGUGCAGAUCAUAAGUGACGCUGCCCACAUCAUCACUAACUUGGAGGCCAAGUGGCCUGGAGCUGUGCAUGCCUCUCGGAUAUUUCAAGAGUCUGCCUUGAGCAAAAGGAUGGAAAAUGGUGAGUUUGACGGCCUUCUGCUGGGUGACGGGGGUUACCCAUGCCUGCCAACUCUGCUGACCCCUUACCCUGACCCCGAGCCAGGCCCCCAGCAGAACUUUAAUGAGGCCCACUGCAGGACGAGAGCCCAGGUGGACAAGACCAUAGGCCUGCUGAAAGCCCGUUUCAAGUGCCUACGCCACCUCAGGGUAACCAAUCCUACGAGGGCCUGUGACAUUAUUGCAGCAUGUGUGGUUCUCCAUAAUAUUGCCACGAUUAGAGGAGAGCAACACCCGGCCGUACAAAUUGAAGACCCUACUGAAGACCACGUCCACCCUGAAGAUACACAGGAUGGAAGAGCAGUCAGAGACAUAAUAGGCCAGAAGCUUUUCUCUGAUUUAAGCAACCCGAACAACCAGCCAGAUCAGUCAAAUAAAGACGAAUGAGUCACAUUUUA